GUGGGAAGUGUGGCGGCCCCGCCCCGUGUCUUGGAACUGCCGAGGUCGCCACCGCUGCCGCCGCCGCAGCUGUGGGAGACUGGCGCGGUUACGCAGGCGAAAGGCGCUCUUUCCCUGCUGAAAGUACCCUCAGAAAAGCAACCAUCUCCCCAGCCCACCAUGGCGGACGAAAUUGAUUUCACUACUGGAGAUGCUGGGGCUUCCAGCACUUACCCUAUGCAGUGUUCGGCCCUGCGCAAAAACGGCUUCGUGGUGCUCAAAGGACGACCAUGCAAAAUAGUGGAGAUGUCAACUUCCAAAACUGGAAAGCACGGUCAUGCAAAGGUUCACCUUGUUGGAAUUGAUAUUUUCACGGGCAAAAAAUAUGAAGAUAUUUGCCCUUCUACUCACAACAUGGAUGUUCCAAAUAUUAAGAGAAAUGAUUAUCAACUGAUAUGCAUUCAGGAUGGUUACCUUUCCCUGCUGACAGAAACUGGUGAAGUUCGUGAGGAUCUUAAGCUGCCAGAAGGUGAACUAGGCAAAGAAAUAGAAGGAAAAUAUAAUGCAGGUGAAGAUGUACAGGUGUCUGUCAUGUGUGCAAUGAGUGAAGAAUGUGCUGUAGCCAUAAAGCCCUGCAAAUAAAUGGGAACAUCAGGCAUGAGCAAAAUGUUUAGGUCUGGAUCAACUGCAGAUCUAAAGUUUGGUUCUAAGUUGUCACCAAAGCUAUGGCGUUCAUAAGCAACCUCAUUUCUUUUUUAAUUGUUUUGAAAUUGUGCUGAGUUAGUUUUGCAGGCAAUUCGUAAUUUAAAAAAAUGAUCAAGAUGUAUAAUUCUUUUUUUUAAAUUUUGUAGGUGUCUUUCCUAUAACUUUCCUGUGGUUUUCAGUAUGUAAGUCUAAGAAACAGACAAGAUAGCUUCAGCAGAUGUGAUUUGUCUGAGCAAAUCGUUCCUAAAUUUUAGUUAAAUGAUAAAUAAACCAGGGUUUUAAAUCAAACAGUGUAGCAUCUAGUGGUAUUGAAGCACCACAUUUAAGUUGAAUUGCUCUGCAUUAAUUUCAAACUUAAUAUCAUAGAAUAAGUAGAUUAUGUAUUGGAAUUGUCAGAGUUUCAGCAUGGGUGUGGCAAGUACAGAUCCUUAAACAAAAAUGUUAUCAAAAAGUGCCAGUUAUCUUAGUAACCAUGUGCAGCCCACCUGUAUUACCUCAGUCAUUCUGUUCUUUGCCAAAUUGCUGGUACACUUAAUAUAACCUAUAUUAUGGUGAUUUUAGUACUUUCUUGUGGUUGACAGAGGCAUUAAACUGUUUUGUGAUUGUUAGCAAGUCAUAUUGUAAGGAAGACACAAAGGACAGUGGCAAAGGAUGUUGGUUAAAGCUAUAGGUUUUUAUUUGUGGCCUUUGUAUUCAACAUAAAAAUAGGAAGUUUCCAUUUGUGUUUUUGCCUUUAACUCUUGUUUUCUCUCUUUAUUUAAGGGAGUGACCUGCUUUACAGGAUACUAUGCAGCACUUUUUAUCAAUUAUGUUGAAUAAAUGUUGGUAUUUGUAGUAGUCACUCCUUUUCAGCCGUUUUUAAGUAGACUUUUUUGACAUCAAAAUAUUUGUUAGACAAAACUGGAAAUUCUUACUUUAAAUUGAUUUGGAACAUUUGUUAAAUUUAUGUAUGUUUUUUCUAACAUGAAAGUGAAUCAUAGAAGAAACGUCACUUUAUGUGAUAAUUAUUUAACUUAAGAAGUAUAUGUAUUUUAUCUGAUUGUGACUUAAUUCAGUUACUGGUGUGAAAUAUAUCUAGGAAAGAAUUCUAUAAACAAUUAUUUUAAAAAUAUUUUAAAAUUAACCAGUAUUAUUUUAAAAAGUAUUUUAGGUGAUUCUGCUACAUUUCUGUUUAGCCUUUUGGAUCAUAUAUCUCUAUAUUUCCAGAAUUCUAGGCAUUGUCACAGGAUUUGUGAGGACCUUUGACUCAAUACCAGUCAUUAUAUUGCAGUGAAACUUAGAACAAAAUCACCAUUUCAGUAAUAACUUCAUUCUCUAAGACUCAUUAUGAGACCUCUCCCAUCAUACUUUGACUUCUAAAAGGCCUUUGUACCUAUCAUCUAGAGGAAAAUAUGUGUGACGCUGUAACUGGUCUACUCAGUGACCGGAACUAGCAUUAGGAACAGAAGAUCCCAAAGUUUUAGUUACUUAAUUUGCACACACUUUUAAAUCUUGUAUUGGCCUCAGCAAACCCAUUUGGAGAAGAAGCAAGAUACUUUAAGGAAAUGCAAGAGGAAUUCUAAAGCACAAGAAAUAUUGAGGUUGUAGUUAAUCAUUUUUAGUAUAACAUUUUAGUUUUUGCCCAUCCAAAGCACAGUUAGUAACUAGACUAAAUUCUUUCCAGUAUUCCAUUUAAGUAUCUACUACAUACUGCUCUAGUUUUUUAGUACUCUGUAAUAUGUAUCUUACUUGUGACUGGUUGGCAUUGUUACCCACAGGAGCUCCAAAAAGUUAUCAGUCUGUGUUACUUGCUGGUCAUUCAUAUGACCCCAGUUAACCACAGUAAUGUUCUGGUUUAGUAUUAAUUCUGGAUUGGCAUGCCCUUGUUCUUCAUAAUUUGUCAAACUUCACAUAAAUAUAUUUUCAAUUGUGAGGUAAGUAUAUAUAAAUUAUAAUAAUGCAUCUGUACCUUCAUAUCUUGAAUGGCAAAAGCUAUUUAUGCUUAAAUAUUUCAUUUUAAGUACUAUAAUGAGUAUAAAUACUCUUCUGUCAUAUAAUUAAUUAUAAGUAUAGAUUUUAAAGAUAUGGGACUGUUUAUUUUCACAUAAGUCAGUACAUGUUUCUCUAGAACAAUAUAUUUCAGUUAGAAAAGCUUUAUAAAUUGUAUUAAAAGGAAGCAGGAAACAUAUAUUUUAACAGAACAGAAGUGACUUCAUUCUUUUUUGACAUCAGAAAUGUUAAAAGUUGAUUCCUAGUAUUUGUUGUACUUUUUUGUAGCAAAUGUGUUAAAUGUCAAAGUUACCAUAUAUAGAAUGUAGACUGUCACAUUGAUAGAUUAUACAGUGAUACCUUUUUGUCUGUAGGCAUUUCACCAAUUUAUAUACAAUAUUAUAGUAACAAGUGGAAUAUUUGUUUCUUUCUAGAACAACAUAUUUUAUUUCUACUGUGAAGACUUUGUUUUACCUUAUUUGCUACAAAGUUGUAUACCCUCUGAAAUAGAUCAAAUUAUUGCUACUUUGACUUAGCAUUUGCAUCAUAAACAUAAUUAUGAUGUUUCUUUCGUGCUCCCCUCCAAGGGCUGUCAGUCACUUGAAAUUAUUGCUAACCAAGCUCUUGAAUACGUUUCCAUUUACGGUACAAAAUUCUGUACCAAUGCUUUAUAACAAUUAUCAGAACUCUCCUGCAGCCAGAGCAUGAAAUCUUUAAUAGGAGAUGCUGCAAUAAAAUGUUUAGGCUAUAAAAUUUGGGGACACAACUUUUCAUUAUAGCACAAUUAGUGUGCAUGUGCACACAGCUUUGUAUGUUUGUUCUUUUUACAACGUCAUUCCAACUCUUAAAAGUACUGUAGUCUGGUAGUGCCUCAAAUGUUGGUAACUGUUUUUUUUUUUUUUAAUU